AUGAUAUGGUACUUAAAUGCACCACGAAAUUGCGUCAACAAGCGUGAGAUCUCGAAAAUAACGCAGCUCCAUCACUAUAAACGCGUCUCACGCAUUUCAAAAGAAACAAUUGCUAGCAUCCACCAUAUGCUGCAAAUACAUGGCAAACUAGCGAUAUUGGGUAUAUUCGUGCAUGUAGUGUUAUUGUAUUCAAUAUUUGAUAUAUAUUAUUCAUCACCUUUGGUUACAGGCCUCCGUCCAUAUUCUAUCACUACUGAGAAAGGCCUAGCCGAUCGUUUAGUCAUUUUCUCAGCUGAUGGUUUGCGAGCUGAUACUUUCUUCAGUCAUCCUGAAAAGUCACCAUUCUUGCACGAAGUUAUUAAUUCAGGCAAGGGUUUCUGGGGUAUAAGCGUAAGUCAUGUGCCGACCGAAUCACGUCCUGGCCAUGUAGCAAUGCUUGCUGGGUUUUUUGAAGAUGUCAGUGCUGUUGCUCGUGGUUGGAAGCAUAAUCCGGUUCCAUUUGAUAGCAUCAUAAAUAGGUCUCGAGAAGCAUUUGCUUUUGGUAGUCCGGACGUUGUCCUGAUAUUUACAGAUGAUGUCAGACAUGCUACUGCGAUGGUUUAUUCCUCCACAUUAGAAGAUUUCCAGCAAAACGAUGCUGCACAACUGGACCGAUGGGUAUUCAGAGAAAUAGAAGAACUUCUGAACAGCACAGAUGUGACUACUAUGAAACGCCUUGCCUCUGAUCGCCUUGUAUUUUUUCUGCAUUUAUUGGGAUUGGACACAAAUGGACACGGUCAUAAACCACAGUCAGAUAAGUACAUUAAUAAUAUUGCAGUCGUUGAUGCAGGAAUUGCAAGAGUGGUACAGUUACUAAACGAUUUCUAUGCUGAUAACAGGACAGUCUUCUUAUUCACCUCAGAUCACGGGAUGACAGAUUGGGGUUCACAUGGUGCCGGUACAGAAGCCGAAUUGAUUACACCAUUAGUGAUUUGGGGUCGUGGUAUACGUGGCAGCGCUGUAAGAAAUAAAAUUAGUCAAAUUGAUCUGUCACCGCUGAUGUCUGCUUUGCUUGGUUGCCCGAUUCCAAUGAAUAGUUUUGGCACUGUACCUUUACAUCUGCUAGAUGCAACACCGAGAUACAAAUUUGCGGUGGCAUACGCUAAUUUCAAGCAGAUGUUGGAGCAGUUUAUUCUGAAAAAGAAUGAAAAAGAAUCGCAUUCAUUGCCUUUUAUGUUUCGUGAUUUUGACCAACUCCAUCCAAACAUAUUACUCACCAUUGAGAGCGAAAUCAAAAGACUUGUGACACAAAAUAGAUUUGACGCAGCUGUAGCAGUAUGCGUGCAGUGGAUUCCGAUUCUUCGAACUGGUUUAAUUUAUUUUCAUCGUCAUGACCAAAUGUUCUUAGGAAUUGCUGUGGCUUCCACUUUUAUCACAUGGAUAUUAUGCGUUUAUUUCAUCACAUUGAAGCGUUCUCCCACAAUUUUGAAAGAUAAUGAUGUGUUAAUUCUAAACCUGAAACAAUUUACCGUUGUUGGUUCCAUGUUUGGCUUAUUAUUGCUUUGUGGACUACCAUUUACGCAUACAAGUAAGGAAAAAAUGGCUUUUGUUGUGCGUCUAUUGGUUGUUGUUAGCUAUUGCAGUUGCUAUAAUUCUUGUGAUCAUUGUUUCCGCAUUUAUUUAUCGUCAAAUAUUAUCGAUAGUGUUCUUGGUCUUAGGAAAUGGAUAUGGUUGAUAUGUUGUUUGGGUAUUGCUAUAUAUCCUCAGUUCCCUGUGGUUGGACAAACUCCACUACCCACAGUUUGUGCAUUAUCGUCUUUCUUUACUUCGCUGUUGAUUUUUUGGAUCUCUAAUUCCUCGGUGUUGUCAUCAACAAAAGUGCUCUUCCGGUACCAUUCAGCUCUACAUCUUCUUGCUACAAUCAUCGUAAUUCUUGUGGAUGCUUUCGGGGAUUAUAAGUUGUUGUUAAUGCUAUUACGCUCAGUUUGUUGGCUUUUAAUUCCUGUCGCAGCAGUUUUACCACUGUUAUCAUCUCGGUCAGUUAUCAUUCGUCUUAUCUGCUGGUUCUCAUCGCUUAUGUUACCAUACGGUUUGCUGAGUUUAUCAUACGAAUCAUCAUUUAUGUUGAUUCUAUUCACUCUUCUCGCUACGUAUGUACGAUUGGAAUUUGGAUAUAUGAAUGAUAAUGAAUUUCUAGCUAUGUCAUUGCCAGAAACAGAUAAUAAGAAGCUGGUAGCAGGUGUUAGUGAUACGAAUUUCAUUGAAUGGCUUCAGGGCCUAAACUUGGUAAUCCUUAUUGAAGCAGCUUUCUUCGGUACCGGUAAUAUAGCCUCAUUAAACAGUUUUAAUCCGUCAUUUCUACGGUGCUUUAUAUCUGUAUUUUCCCCAUUUACAAUGACAGCUAUGUUAAUUUUCAAAAUAUCCUUACCAAUUUUGGCCGUUGCUUUUACAUACGCCGUUAUUGUGCGAUUAAAAAAGAUCUUAAUUGCGAAGUUAUCGAUGAUACUGCUAAUCAUCUCCGAUACAAUGGCUCUGAUCUUCUUUUUUCGACUAGUGGAUGAAGGAAGUUGGAUGGAUAUUGGCAGCAGUAUAAGUCAUUAUUUAGUGUGCAUGUUAUUAACUGUUAUAGUAUAUCUUUUGUUGAAUUUUACUGAGUAUUUGCUUUCUCUUUCGUUGAGUAAAGUCAUGUUCAAUGAAGGGACGGUAUUCGAACGGAAACGUAUACACUCGCUGACCUUGAAAUUAAAGAAAGAUAUCGUUUAA